AUGGCAUUGCCGGUCGAUUUUCUGAGAUAUAUUCCAUCGUGGUCAAAAUCGGCUGUUGAUCCUACCUCAGGAUAUCGCUGGCCAUGCUUCCCUCACGGUCAUAUCGCUAUCUACGCGUGGCCAUCCCGCGGCGGCGUCAUCAUACUCGAUUACGCAGACGUCAUCGACUUCGAGUUCCUGGGACUCAAUCCGCAAGACCUGCCGGUCAAGCGUCUCGGUGCGCAAGCUGUCGAGGACGGCUUCUGCCAGGAGCUGCUCCUUCUCGGAGGUAAGUGGUGGGACAACGAGGCGCGGCAUUCGAUAGUAACACACCUUGAAGCCGGUGUAGCUGGCCUCAUAGAUUCCACUCUUGUGGAGGGGGAAUUCCGCGUGAAUGAGGAGAUAGUGUAUCUAUGGAUGGAAGCAAGGAUGCGAAUGUAG